AUGCUCCUCCUGCGAAGUGAGCGAAGCAGCCACAGAAAUGCGAAACGAGCACGAGCAAUCGUCACGAGGCUGUGUGCUGCCUACUCUUGGAUGCUCCUCCUGCGGAGGGACAUGCCCGACGUCAUGCCAGAGGCGGGCGCCGGCGGCUCGGGCCGGUGGCCGGGCCCCGGGGGGGCGCAGAGGCGUGCCCUGCACAUCGCACGCCUGCGCUCGAGCGCCCCUCAGAUCCAGGCGCUGCCGCACAAGCUUGGGCAGGGGGCCGACCGUCCCGGCAUUCCGACAGGCCUACAGUCGGGGGCUUGA